AUGUUAGGCAUGCAGCUCGAAGAAGGCGUUCGAAAGCGCGAGGAGCACGAGGGGAAAAGCCGUCACUUGAUCUCGCCUCGCAGCAGCAGCGGAUGGAAUACGGCACUUCAUGGAACUGCUAGUUAUGAGCGCUGGGUAAAAUAUAUCGCGCUGGGAUCCCUGGGCGUCUGGAUGAUCUUUGUGCUGUUUUUCUGGCACACCAGUGUCGCUCCUACACCAAUUGCAAAUCAAAGAACAACGAAAAUCAAAAUCAAUAAGACGAUACCUUCGAGCUUUCCCGAAAAGACUACAUUCAUUGCGUUUGGAGACUACGGUACAGGUGAUACGUACCAACGCUCAGUGGCUUUGGCUCUUGAAAACUUCACAGCCACUAUGGACCCUCCUCCAGCGUUUGUUUUAUCAACUGGAGACCAGAUCUACGACAAUGGAAUCGGGUCUGCAGACGAUGCUUUGCUCUCGACGAAUUUCGAGCAGAUGUAUACGAACCUCAAGCUACAAGUCCCAUGGUAUGUUGCGAUCGGAAAUCAUGACUGCGAAGGAUCGAUUGAUGCAAUGCUCCAAUAUGCGAAAAAGGAAGACUCGUUGUGGUAUAUGCCCCGUCGAUACUACGUGGUUGACCGCCCUGUGGCACCAAAGACAAUUUUGCGACUUGUUGUUAUCGACGCUUGUGAUCUGGUUUGUGGUCGUGAACCUCGUGACACUCGGUGCACUGAAAAAAUGAACGAGCAUUCCUCAGCAAAAACCAGAAAGUCGCAGUAUGAGUGGAUUGAAGAAACGCUAAGCGCUGGAAAACCAGUGGGCAUAGAGCGAAUGUGGACAAUUGUCAUGGGUCAUUGGGGUGUGUACAGCUUUGCAGGAAAUGGCAACACUCAGGAGCUGAUUGACAAGUUGGAUCCAAUCAUGAAAAAAUACAAGGUCCACGCGUACUUUAAUGGUCAUGACCACGGCUUGCAACACAUUCGAAAGAUAAAUGACGAUGGCUCUUUUCGCAAUUACUUUGUCUCGGGUGCUGGCGGCUACGAAAUCCAUCCGCUCAAGCCGAAAGCUCGCUCGAAUCCGGAUCUGGUGCACGCAGCCAUAACACAUGGCUUUAUGUCCGUGCAAAUGACCCAGACAUAUUUUCGUGUGCAACUCGUUGACAUCAAUAGCGAGAUUCUUUACACUACAGACGUUACAUACAGAUAG